GAAAGAAAGAUCGGCACGAAGACUUGGUUUUAUUGGUUAUUAAAUUAUUUUGGUCCAUUCAAUCGCCAAUAUUUUUAUAUUUACAACAACUGAGACUCCGAAUAUGAACUGUUCUUUACCUGGACGUAUUGCCACGUCUUUGGAACGCGAUCGCUUUGCUCGGACUGGCCUAAUUUGACUGUUAUCAUCGAGAAUUCGAGUGUAUACAUGGCCAUUGAACUUGGUAGUUUCUGUCAUAUUGCCCCAUUUCAAGGAUCUUUAUAAAAUAAACGAAGGAGUGCCCUGCCGAAGCUGACUUCUGUAAUAUCAACAUGGUUCGAGGGGAAACAAAAAAGACGUUUAGCAUUCGAUCAAAGAAGAAAGUGAAGUUAGACGCAGAUAGAGCGAGUACAGGCAGCACUGAUCAAAGGCCAACGGUAAAGGUCCAUUUACCAAAUGGCGAAUUUCGAUGCGUUAAAUGCGGCGAUACGACCGAUAUAAAGGGAAUCAUUCAUCUGGUUAUCAGUAGUCUUGGAGUUGAUGCUGUGUCUUCUCACACAUUCUUUGGCAUGAGGUUAGAACACCCUCCAUCCCAAAGUGCUUAUUGGCUACGCCGAUGGUUUACAAUACAAGAAGUCAGAGCAAAAUACGAGAACUCACAUCCUCUCGAUGAAUGCAGAUAUACAUUGAGGAUAAAAUUUUUCCCAGAGAACUUAAAAGAUUUUUAUCAAAAAGACAAAGCAAGUUUCUUCUUCCUGUAUGACCAGAUUAAGAAUGAUUAUCUUGAGCGUAUUGCAGAGAAGGCCGAUCAAGAUAUUGCAUUUAGAUUAGGUGCAUUGGAAAUGAGGAGAUAUUUCAAGGACAUGCCUGCAAAUGCAUUAGAAAAGAAGUCAAAUUUUGAAAUUCUAGAAAAAGAAGUUGGAUUUACAAGAUUUUUACCUAAGACUAUAAUCGAUACUAUGAAAUCGAAGCCUUUGAGGAAAAUACUGAACAGUUACUUCAAACAAUAUUCAGAGCUUGAUGAAGAACAAUGUUGCCAUCAGUUUUUAGACCUUCUUUCAACUAUUUACAGAUUUGACCUUGAAACAUUUAAAUGCUCCCUUGGGAGUGGUUGGACUAUUACUGUUGACAUUGUGAUAGGACCAAGGGAUGGUAUAAGUUAUAAAGCUGAACAGGGCUCUGUGAUAACCCACAUGGCACAGUUUAACCUUAUUCGAGGAAUCAAAGUCAGCCGUAUUGCAGCAUCUACGGUCUCUCUACCAUCUCCCACUGAUAGCCUUAAAGCUACAGUCAACCUCAGGGUUGAGGGAACCCAGGAGCCUUUGGUCUUCACCACUUCCUCAUUCGUCAAAGCCACUGAGAUGGCUGAAUUGAUCGAUGGUUAUUGUCAGUUAGUUGGGAGUCAAAGACAUUCAUUAUUAAAUCGUAAACUGGAUGACCGGAGAUUACCAAACGUUCCUGUAACAGAUCAGGCUAAUGGAGGUCAAACUAGCAGCGAAGGUGCUUCAACGAGACACGAGUCUUUGUCAUCCACGACACAAAAUGAAGAAUUUGAGGACUAUGCUGAGAUUGUAGACGAUGAUUACUCGCAACCAAUAUCAGAAAAACAUUAUGAAGUUCUAAGAAGUAAUGUAGCACUUGGUGCUAUCAUUGGUGAGGGGCAGUUUGGAGAUGUACAUAGAGGAACAAUGAUAGCAAAGGAUGGAAAUAGCCUCCCUGUUGCAAUAAAAACUUGUAAAGACGAAGACGAGGCGGAGAGAUUUUUAGAAGAAGCAUAUGUUAUGAAACAGUUUGAUCACCCUCACAUCAUUCGUUUAAUUGGGCUUUGUAUGGACCCACCAAUUUACAUUAUAAUGGAGCUAGCACCUCACGGAGAGAUGCGAUCCUACCUACAGAAGAACAAGGAUAUACUACAUACGGCCUCGUUGCUAACUUACAUUCACCAAAUAUCAACGGCCUUAUCUUACUUGGAGAGCAAGAAGUUUGUACACAGAGAUAUUGCCGCGAGAAAUGUGCUUGUUUGUUCUCCUGAAAAUGUAAAACUUGCAGACUUUGGCCUCUCGCGAUGGCUUGAGGUCGAGUCGUAUUAUAAAGCUUCCAAAGGCAAACUACCCAUUAAAUGGAUGGCUCCAGAAUCGAUCAAUUUCCGACGAUUCACGACAGCCAGCGAUGUGUGGAUGUUUGGUGUUUGUAUGUGGGAGAUCAUGAUGUAUGGUAUCAAGCCGUUUCAAGGAGUCAGAAACAAUGAUGUCAUCGGUCGUAUAGAAAAUGGAGAGAGACUCCCAUUUCCUAAGAAUUGUCCAGCAGCCCUGUAUCACGUGAUGAUAGACUGCUGGUCAUACGAACCGUCGAAGCGUCCUAAUGGAAAUGAUUUGAAACGAAGACUUAAAUUUAUAGUUCAAGAAGAAAAGAUGACGCGGCAGGAGUCAACCGAUGAAUCAAGAAUCUCCGCGUUAAAUUCAAGUUUAUCAAUGACUGCAUUAAAUACCGGAGCAGCUCCGCCCAAGCCAUCGAGGCCAGGUGUAAAUCCACGUGCCUUGAACCCGGGACUACGCCGAUCGCUUUCCGACUGUCAAACGUUACCGAAGCAUUACCGACAAACGUUGAUCAAUGGUAAUCAUGAUCCCAGCCAUACUACUGACGACAAUCGGACGUUACCUCGGAAUCACAAACCAAACAGUCCCACGGAGAGGGAGUUUGCUACAACAGAAGUCACGUUGAGGGGCCCGCGAUCACCAACCUCGCCGACCAGUCAUCUUUCCUAUUAUCCCACGCGCAGUCAAACGUUCAGUGGGGUCUCUCGACCUCUGAGUUUUCAGGGCGCGGAAGAACAGAAGCAAAAACAACAAAGAGAAAAGUUGGAAAAGGAGAUGAUCGAAAAACAACGACAACAGCAUGAAAUGAUUCGAGAGAAACUGGAGGAACAGAAGAAACAGUCAGAAGAAGAUUCAAGAUGGCUUCAGGAGGAAGAAAGCAAAUCAAAUGUUGUCGGAUUGAUUUCGCCGAAACUGCCAUCUGCGUGCCCAGAAAACGAAGAACACGAUGUUUUGGAAUCGUAUAACCCCGAGGGGUCCGGAUCAUUUAUCCAAACAGGAAAGACAACAUCCCACGAAUUUCAUUUGUCACCGCCUUCUAUGAGCCCACAAGCAGCGACGAUCGAAGAUAACAGUGCGUUCAAAUUUCCACCGCCCCCACCGACGCCACCGGAGGCGGAAGAGGUGACCGAGGAUAUUGACAGGACUGGGGACAAGGUUUUUGCAUGCACAACGGAAGUCGUCAGAACUGUAAUUCAACUUAAUCGAGAAUCCAACUUCGCAGACUCGACAGCUCUUGUGCUCUUGGUCAAGGAGGUUGGAAAUGCCUUAAGGUCGUUGUUAUCCGAAGUAGAUAACGAAGUUAGGCUACUACCACAAUCUUCGCAUAAAGAGGUUGAGAUGGCACACAAAGUGUUGUCAGCGGACAUGGCUGAUCUAAUCACUGCACUUAAGACGGUGCAGAAAUACGUUGACACAACGCUAGAAGAUAGUUAUAAGAAAGAAAUGUUAUCUGCUGCGCAUGUCCUUGCUGUCGAUGGAAAGCAUCUCUUUGACGUCGUUGAUGCAGCUCGCUCUCGUAGAACUUGAAACUGGGAACGAAUGUAGUUUUAAAAAAAUGAAGCCGGCAAACAACCAGUACUAUAAUAAACUUAUAAUUAAAAUGAUAAUGAAAAUUUUAUGGAAACUCGUUCCCUCGGAUUCGUAUUUCCAUUUUAAAUAUUGUCUUGCGAUAUUUGUGUAUCUUUCUAAACGAUGUAGGCUUCUGUAAACCAUGGUUCUUUCACCGGCUUCAUUUUGAAAUCUCUGGGAAUAUUAGGUUAUGUUUAAGAGGAGAGGAAGUUUAUCCCUGUGAACGAGAAGGGAUGGCUCAAUGGAAAACUUCUAGAACAAAUCAGAGAAUGUUUUGAAACGACCAAUUUAUGAAUAUCGGAGCGGUAGCGUGAAUGUUAAGAAAUGAUAAAUCUCUGCUGAGAUUUUCUGCAAUAUUAUUGUAAAAAUUACAAGUGGAAAUAUUUUAGUUUAUAUAAAAAUGAUUUUAAACAUUGUAAA